AUGCUCAAUGAAACCAACUGGGAAGACUUUCAAUAUCUCAUUGUCCGGUGUAACAAGAAGCGAGAUCAAUGUGGGGGCUUUGCCGACCGGCUGAAAGCGUUCCCAGCCGUCGUUAGAAUUGCUUCCAUGACCAAACGCGUUCUCUUUUACAACUGGGAACGGCCCUAUCCCUUGGAAGAGUUUCUUCUCCCUGGCGACCGAGGAAUCAACUGGAGUUACCCCGUUUGGUUUCGAAAACAAGUCGAGGAUUGGGACCUGUUUAUCGGCAGUGAAUACACGCAACUAAACAGCUACUACGCCGACGAAAUUCAAGAAUCGAUGAAAUCCAGGCAAACGAUAAUCUACUUGGAGCAUGCCUUUGGCGGCGAAGGCGGGGAGUUCACUUAUGAUAAGCAGAUUAGAGAGCAGCAACAAACAUUGUCGCUGGAUGAUGUACCCUACAGAGAAGCUUAUCAUGCGCUGUGGCAUGCCAACUUCAAGCCAACAAGUCCCAUUCAAGAGUUGCUGGAGCAACAGUUGCAGGAAUCCAAUCUUGUCCCGGGUCAGUAUACUGGGUUUCAUUACAGGUCUAUCUUUAUGAUGGAUGAGGCUGAAGAAGACGGCAUAAAUGCUCUUAAGAGCAAUAUCUUCAAAGGUACCAAUUGCGCCCUGCAGUUUGCAACCCAAUCCGGUGAUGACCCCGUAGUUUUGGUUGCAGCGGAUUCAAGAACAGCCACCACCAUAGCCGUUCGCUAUGUGAACAAAUACACCGCCACUGCCAGAGCAGUCACCAGAUCCGUCUACGCAGAGAAGCCGUUGCUUCACAUGGAUCGAGGCGAAGACUUUUUGUUCGGCGACAAUUCAAAAACAAAUGGAAGCCCCGCGGACUACUUUCCAGCAAUUCUUGAUCUAUAUCUGUUGAGCUUUUCCAGAUGUAUGGCCUAUGGCCGUGGUGGCUUUGGAAGAAUGGCAAACUUGCUCAGUGAAGGCUCAUCCUGCUACUUUGACUACAUGCCCGACCACGAUUUUGACAGCAAUGCCAACGGCUACAACUUUUCUUUUAAGCACUGUCCUAUGCCUCCAUUAACUCGACCAUUGCACUCGACGUCCCCCAACAAGAUUCCCGAUAGGGAGUCAGCUCCUAUCUCCCGCCCCCGCACCCCAACUGUUUCUGUCUGGAGCCUCUCCGCGAGACCGAGAGUGGGGAGUAAGCAACGCGCAUUGCGUCAACUUGAAAGCCACAACUAG